AUGGUCCCAGAACCGGGCCCUGCAUACAACAGCACGCCCGCCUGGGGGUCGGGGCUGGUGCCGGGCCCCGGGGGCAGUGGCUGGGUGGCGGCCGCGAUGUGUGUGGUCAUCGCAUUGACCGCCGCGGCCAACUCGCUGCUCAUCGCGCUCAUCUGCACGCAGCCCGCGCUGCGCAACACGUCCAACUUCUUCCUGGUGUCGCUCUUCACGUCCGACCUGAUGGUGGGGCUGGUGGUGAUGCCGCCGGCCAUGCUGAACGCGCUGUACGGGCGCUGGGUGCUGGCGCGAGGCCUCUGCCUGCUCUGGGCCGCCUUCGACGUGAUGUGCUGCAGCGCCUCCAUCCUCAACCUCUGCCUCAUCAGCCUGGACCGCUACCUGCUCAUCCUGUCGCCGCUGCGCUACAAGCUGCGCAUGACGCCCGCGCGCGCCUCGGCGCUGGUUCUGGGCGCCUGGACCCUCGCCGCGCUCGCCUCCUUCCUGCCCCUGCUGCUGGGCUGGCACGAGCUGGGCCGCGCGCGGGCACCCGCUCCGGGCCAGUGCCGCCUGCUGGCCAGCCUGCCGUUCGUCCUCGUGGCGUCGGGCCUCACCUUCUUCCUGCCCUCGGGCGCCAUCUGCUUCACCUACUGCAGGAUCCUGCUGGCCGCCCGCAAGCAGGCCCUGCAGGUGGCCUCCCUCCCCACCGGCGUGGCGGGCCAGGCCUUGGAGACAUCGCAGGUGCCCAGGACCCCACGCCCAGGGACGGAGUCAGCUGACAGCAGGCGUCUGGCCACCAAGCACAGCAGGAAGGCCUUGAAGGCCAGCCUGACCCUGGGCAUCCUGCUGGGCAUGUUCUUUGUGACCUGGCUGCCCUUCUUUGUGGCCAACAUUGCCCAGGCUGUGUGCGACUGCGUCUCCCCAGGCCUCUUCGAUGUCCUCACAUGGCUGGGCUACUGCAACAGCACCAUGAACCCCAUCAUCUACCCCCUCUUCAUGCGGGACUUCAAGCGGGCCCUGGGCAAGCUGCUGCCCUGUCCCCACUGGCCCCAGGAGCACCGGGCCAGCGUGGCCUCACCCUCCAUGCGCACCUCCCACAGCGGCGCCCGGCCGGGCCUGAGCCUGCAGCAGGUGCUGCCCCUGCCCCUGCCCCCAGACUCCGACUCCGACCCUGACUCGGGCUCAGGAGGCUCCUCAGGCCUGCAGCUCACGGCCCAGCUGCUGCUGCCGGGAGAGGCCACCCGGGACACCCUGCCGCCUGCCAGGACUUCUGCCACCGUCAACUUCUUCAACAGGGAUCCCGUGGAGCCCAAGCUGCGGCUGCAUCUGCUUGGUGCCCCCACGAACUGAUGGGGCUUGUGGCUGGUCAGGGGGGAGCUGGACUGGGUGCAACCAAGCCCCCGAGGCCUUGGGCCAGCUCUGGCUGAGGCCAGGAGGCAGCAGGUCUCUCAGGGGCCCUCUGAACUCUGGUGGGGUGUACUGAAUCAGCCCCACUACCCACUCCAGGUCCUCCACCUGCGAGGUAAUCGCUGGCUUCAUACAGUGUCUCCAGAAGGCUGCAUUGCUGAGUGUAACUUGUGUAGAGAAUGGUUGGAGGGCUCUGGGAGCGGGGCAGGGGGCCCUUGGUUCAGAUUAAGGUGAAGACCAUCGCCUUUGCACAUCCUAUCAGAUCGCACGUCUGCAGAGAUGGGUCAGUGCAGGCUGAGCCCUUUGCUCCUCUAACUGUAGUUCGUGGGCAUGGUCUCCAGGGAGUUUGUUGAAAACGCACACCUCUCCUCGCCCCAGACCUGCCGAGUCAUAAUCUACACGUGAGCAAGGUCCCCGGUGACUCGUGUGCUCACAUGGUUUGAGGUGUGCUGGUUUAGCUGAUCCUUAACCCUGAGGAUGGUCUGCUGGAUGGUUUUUGGACCAGCCAGCCCCUCGGAUGUGUGUGGCCUCACAGGGAACCCCUGAGCCUGGGAGUCAGGCAGGCCUCAACUGGAAUCCAUGCUCCAUUACUUACUAGUUCUGCACGGGUUACUUAA